CUAAACAGGAGUUUGAGGCGGUGACAGCGCAAACCACACAAACCGAAGGGGAUGCUGCUAAACGACUGACAUCGCACAUUAGCUCCAAAAGUCGUUUGUUAGAGGAUUGUAAGCCUCUUACGGCAACAGGAGGAUUGUUAGAGCAGAAGUUCCUGUUUCCAGGCCAUGGCAGGUGAGCGCAGCCCUCUUCUGGCCCAUGGGGUCUUCAGCGUGGUAGCUGAUAAUGGAGACUCCAGGAGGGGCUCCUCAGCAGCUGGAGACAGCUCCUCCAAAGCCAACCCCCGCACUCUAAACACCUUCUUCGGGGUGAUAGUGCCCACCAUCCUCUCCAUGUUCAGCAUCAUAAUCUUCCUGCGCACUGGUUUUGUCGUAGGUCAUGCAGGUCUUCUCCAGGGUCUGCUCAUGCUGGGCGUGGCCUAUUUUAUCAUCUCCUUGACGAUCCUGUCGAUCUGUGCCAUUUCCACCAAUGGGGCAGUGCAGGGGGGUGGAGCCUAUUUCAUGAUCAGUCGUUCUCUGGGUCCGGAGUUUGGUGGCAGCAUCGGCCUCAUGUUCUUCCUGGCGAAGGUGUGUGCGUGCGGGGUCUACGUGCUCGGUUUGGUGGAGGCGAUUCUGAACAUUUUUGGUCAGGAUGCAGCAGUGGGCAUGGCGCAGGGUAUACGUGUGCUCCCUCAGGGUUACUGGUUCUCGGUUCUGUACUCGUCUGUGCUGCUGUUGCUAUGUUUGGUGGUGUGUCUGGUCGGAGCUCACAUCUACGCCAAAGCCUCUUUCAUCACCCUGCUUGUGGUCACCGUGGCAGUUCUGUCCAUUCUCAUCAGUCCGCUGAUAGUCGGCCCGCGCCACUUCAACUUAACACACAUGCUGGACCACAACCACACGAUUACACAAGGCGUCUACACGGGCUUCAACAGCAGCACACUCGCCAGCAACCUCGGACCUGGCUACUCUCUGGACUACAGUACGAACAAGAUGAUGUCGUUUUCCACUGUCUUUGCUGUGAUGUUUACCAGCUGCACUGGGAUUAUGGCAGGAGCCAAUAUGUCAGGUGAGCUAAAGAACCCCAGUGUAGCCAUUCCUAAAGGUACCAUCAUAGCUGUGCUGUAUACCUUCAUCGUCUAUGUCCUCCUCUUUCUCCUCCUCAGCUCCACCUGUGACAGGUUGUUUCUGAUUAAUGACUAUGCUGUGUUCCAGCGUAUAAACAUAUGGCCUCCCUUUGUGAUUGUUGGUGUUUACUGUGCAUCUCUGUCUGCGGCGAUGUGUUCCAUGAUCGGAGCAUCCCGCAUCCUCCACGCUCUUGCCGUCGACCAACUCUUUGGUUUGCCCCUGGCCCCUGCUGCCAUCACCUCCAGCUCAGGAAACCCCUGGGUCUCUGUGCUGUACACCUGGGCUCUGGUACAGUGCACAUUGUUUGCAGGUCAGCUGAAUGUGAUUGCAGGGUUGGUCACUGUGUUCUAUCUGCUUUCGUAUGCUGCAGUAGACCUGGCCUGCCUGGCGCUGGAGUGGGCCUCUGCUCCCAAUUUCAGGCCUACAUUCCAGCUCUUCUCGUGGCACACGUGUCUGCUGGGCAUGCUGAGCUGUCUUGUGAUGAUGUUUGUGAUAAAUGCUGUUUACUCUUCAGCCAGUAUUGUGAUGCUGCUGCUGCUGCUGCUCUUCCUGCACUACAGGUCACCCACCAGCAGCUGGGGCUACAUCAGCCAGGCUCUCAUCUUUCACCAGGUACGUAAGUAUCUUCUGAUGCUGGACUCACGGAAGGAUCAUGUAAAGUUUUGGAGGCCGCAGGUGCUGCUGAUGGUGUCCAACCCGCGCUCCUCCUGCCAGCUCAUCAGCUUCGUCAACCAGCUGAAGAAGGGAGGCCUGUUCAUCUUGGGGCACGUGCAGCUCGGAGACCUGGACAUGCUGCCGACCGACCCUGUUCAGCAGCAGUAUAAUUUCUGGUUGAGUCUGGUGGAUAAGCUGGAUGUAAAGGCGUUUGUGGAUCUUACUCUUUCUCCCUCAGUCAGGCAGGGCACUCAGCAUCUACUGCGCAUCACUGGACUGGGAGGUAUGAAGCCGAACACCCUGGUGCUGGGUUUCUAUGACAACUGUUACCCAGAGGACUACCUCCUACAGGACGCUGCUUUCUGUGAGGGUGCAGACAAAGGCUCUGGUUCAUUAGCUGGUUCUGAAGGGGAUCAUUUUGGAGUGGACCUCCCAUCCCUGCAGGCUCACUUCCCUCCUGUCCGUCACACAGAGAGCCCUCGCUUUCUGCAGCCGGAUGAGUACGUGGGCAUUAUCUCGGACGCCGUCAAGAUGGGCAAGAACGUGUGUCUGGCCCGCUACUUCUUCCAGCUACCACCUGAAGGAAAAGCAACGUCCGCAAAAUCCGGAGACAGCUCGGAUACCAUCGACGUGUGGCCAUCCAACCUUCUGAGCGCAGACGGCAGUGACAGCUUUGCUGACGUUUGCAGCCUUUUCCUUCUGCAGAUGGCGUGCAUUCUAAACAUGGCCACCAGGUGGCGCCGGGCGAGGGUCCGCAUCUUCCUAUGUGUGGAGGCGGAGUCUGGAGACCAGGGCUGGCUGGCCAAAGAGGAGAGGUUUAGAGAGCUGCUGGGCAAGCUGAGGAUCCGAGCCACCAUCAAGAUCGUAGCCUUGGACCGUGUAGUGCGAUUGCUGCGAGGAACUGAUUCCACAGCAUCCCCUGUAGCUUCGGAAGAAUUCUUAUCUGCGGUCAACUCGCUCAUAAAAGAGCACAGCAUCUCUGCUGCUGUGCGCUUCCUCUAUCUGCCCCGCCCACCCGCCGAUUCCGGACAAUCACAGCAGUACCUAGCACAGCUGGAUGCAGUCACUCAAGGGCUCGGUCCUACCCUUCUGAUUCAUGGACUGACCCCUGUUACGUGUACUGAGCUUUGAGUGUCUGUAUGUACCGGUGACCAAGAUUAAAGUAUUGUUUUGGCCAAAGAUUAAAUAUAGACAGUUUUCCUCUUAGCCAAAAUGUAGUCAGUCAGACAAACUCAGACGUUUGGGCUCUGAAGUUUGUUUCUUUGGUUUUGCACUGGCUAGUGUAGCUAACAAGAAAUGGAGGCCUAUAGCCACCGGCUUAGCAUGGCUAAAUUUGGGCUAAGGGGAAACUUACAAAGUUUUUUUUUUUCCUUUGCUGAACUGUCUCUUCAAUUUUUAGUCUGAUCUGCUACAAGUGGGAUUAUACAAGGGAAAGCACCGAUUGUUUUUGGGAAAAUUGUGUCUUACGUGUCCCAAAGUUGGGUUAUGUUGUGUGGACCUCAUCAGGCACUGCUUAAUCACUGUAAUGCUUUGGGUUGGUCUCAGUUUACUGUUUCUCGUUUCACAAAGUAUUUAUUUUCCUUUAUUUAAGUUCUGCGUAAGGUAUUUAAAGAAACAUCCUGAACCAAAAGGAGAUGAUGGUUUAUGUUUGUUGCGUGUUUAUCAAUCACUGUUACGCUGCAAGUGCAGGCCAUGAAGCGUUAGCAAUUACAGUAGAAGCACUUUCCAAAAGCAACUAUUGCUGCUUUUUGCUGUUGCGAUACCAAUAUUGAAACCUUGAGUGCUGGAUUGAUACUGAACCAAUAUUUUUUUCUUUAAAACUAGGUAUUUUUAUUUGAAAGGCUAUCCUGCCUUCCGCUCAGUGACCGCUGGGAUAGGCUCCAGCUCCCCCCAUGACCCAGAAGGAUAAACGGCGUAGAAAAUGUGUGUGUGUGUGUGUGUGUGUGUGUGUGUGUGUGUAUUUGAAGGGCUUCACCUAAGAUGAGCAUCUAAAAUUAGGCUUUAUGCUCAAAGUACUUAAACACUCAACUACCCCACACAACUAACGACACUACAUCACACAAUGUGAGAGUGUAGUAUUUCAGGGCAGAUUUGUUACGGGAUUGGAUUCUCUUUUUUUCCGCCCACUGAUAUCUGAUCCAGCAUUUUCUGCUGAUAUCAGCCCGAUACCUGAGUGUUGGAUCAGUGCCAUCUCUGCUAAAAGACAUUUUAAGCCAUUGUGAGAAUGUGAAGGAAAUUACUGUGGUUUAAUGAACUUGACUGAACCCAAACAUUGUUCCAAGGAGUCUGCAAACAGCACAACUGAGGAAAACAUGCCUGCUGAGACUGUUAUGUAACUAAAAUUGUGCUUUAGUUAUAUAUCAUGAAUGUUGUGUGUUUGUAUUUUUUUGUUUUGUUGUUGUUGUUGUUGUUAUAAGUUUCAUUGCUGUUCCCACACAGGCCAGUCUGUACUAUAGAGGUUAGUGUUUUCUCUGUUCUAACACUUGCAGUUUCCAGUUAAUACAUAAAGCUGCACAAUGUGAGAUGUUUUAUUAAAAUUAAAAGAAGUAGCAUUACUGAGUCAAGAAAAAAUACUGCACUAAAAUAUGGUGUGCUUGUGCUCUGGCGAGUCAAUUUGUAAAGACGUCAGUGUAAUUAUUAUUAUUAUUUUUUUUAACUUAUUAAUGUCACACACAAACAUCGAUUUGACUCGAAUGAACAGUCUAAUGUUAUCUUGAUGAAACAUUGUAGAUAAUUCACUCACAUUCCUAGGAAGACAAGUCCUUCCAAGUUUUGACUUUUCUUUGUGAGUGCGCUGAAAGAGUAUUCAGUCAGAUUCAUCUGCUCGAGGAAGGGGUCCGAAGCCCAACCCACGUUACAAAACAUUGCGUGCAAUUACAGAUUUACACCAAAAACUUACAUAGUGCAGCUUGUGUUGCGUCAAAUGUGACAGAGAAAAUCCUAAACUAGGUAGAUUUGGACACCUGGGACGGCAAAUGAAAUUAGGCCUUUGCAUUGAUGUCCAAGUCUUUUUGAGCUAUAGUUCACCAGCUGCUUCCUUGCUCCUGUUCCAGUGUGAAUAGCUUAAGGAGCCUGUUCUUACUAAGCACUGUAUAUCUGUAUAUGAGGUUAGAGAUUAGGAGCCUAUUGAUACGGGUACUAAUAGUCAAAUUAUUAUACAAUGAGAGACCAUUUCUUAUGCAUUCCUACACCAAAUAUGGAAACAUAAUAUUACAGGAUGUGCAGGCUGUGUAAUAUUGCAUUAAUAGGCUAAAGAUAAAAGCAGCUUGUUUUUUGAGGUGUGUCAGGUGAAAUGCCUCAUGCUUAUGAUAUUUAUUGUGUGAUAAGUAGAUUGUAUUAUGUCAUAGUUUUAUUAUUAGUGUAGUUAAGAUUAUUUAACAGUUGAACAGAAACAUAGGUACACAGUAUAUUCAUACCUCAUUUCCUCAGCGUGUUAUAAGGGCAUUUCUAAUCUUAUACCACUAUACUGAGGAAUCUGAUAAAGACUGGCUUUUCAUGUUGCCGUUCCAUUUUAUCUGUGUUUGAGUUCAUCUGUGAACUCAUCUGUGAUGGGCUUGAAAAAAAUGCAUUCUUGAAAAACAUUCCUACGCUUGUGUAGCACCUUAUUAGUAUGGUUUCCUUUUUUGGCGAAUGGUGUGCGUGGGUGUCUGCCUUGGGAAGUGCUUUUGGUCACUAGAUGCUGCCUGUGUCCCUCACUGCAUCUCCUCAGAAAUAUCUUCUGAAAAUAAUGAAUAACUUGUAUUCGAUGACUGGAAAAUGCAUUUAAAUUAGCCUGUGCUAACUGACUAUACGCUACAGGUAGAGAUAAAGAUUAGGUUGAAAAAUGUUGGCGUAUUUCUUUAAUGCCGGAUCACAGGCUGUGUUCAUAAAGGGAACACUUUGGAACAAGCCAUGGAAAAGGGUUCUCAUUGGAGUGCAAAGACAAUUGUUAGGCACAGUGAAUGGAGAAGCAGAUGUUUGUACUUCUACUGAAAAACAUAACAGGUGUGGCAUUGUUUGGUUAGGAACAGGCUUCUCUCAACACAGCGCAGCUACUCUGUACAAAACCACACAAGAGAAUGGUGUCAUGUACUUUGUGUACUUUAAUAUAAUAAAUUUAGUAUGAAAGUGAUUUUCUGUUUAUUAUAUAGCAUAUAAUCAAACAAGUAUGUAAAAAUAAUUCAUAUUCUGUCACAUUUUGAGUUCAUUAUACAUAAGAAUACAUACGCAAUAAACAGACUAUAUAGUUUUUGCC